GCACUGCACAGUCUGAAAUGCCAGGUGUAAUACCAGGCAUGUUCAACUCUCACCUUCCGAGUCUGGGGCUGCUGCCUAGUACUCUCAAUCAAGGAAUGGGGUACAACAGUUUAGCAUCAAGUGUAGCCAUGCAGAGUACUUUGUAUUCACCAACAUCAGCUGCCCCGUCUGGAGCCACAGGGGGCCAUGGCGUACAUCACAGACUGAAGGGAGGUAUAUCUCACAUUGAGGGUCCCUUGGGGGGAGCAAACAUGUUGAGUAGUAUGGCAAGCUCUGGCAGUCUACAUGGAAGUAGUAUAGGUGUAGUUCCUCACAGUAGCCAGCCUCGCGUGGAUGAGGGCACACUGGAGAUGAUGUCACAUGACAUGAGCUUCAGUGCACUGUACUUACAUGACCUUCAGUUUAAAAGGGUGCGGGGACAAAGUGGUGGAGAGAACCUGGAUGAUAUUCGUGCCCGUGCCUUGUGGCAAAGACAGGACAGUAACCAGACAACAGCACUUGUACAUAUGCCUCACAAACAAGAGUCUGGUCAGGAAGAGAGACAAGAUGAAGAUUAUCCAUCUAAUGCUGCUGAGGAUAAUGAUCAGUCACUAUCACACCAGUCUAGCCAAGCGAGGAGUAAAGAUUAUCACCCCCUGAAGUAGAAUAAAAACAACAUACUUCAAAUGUAUGCUUUUGGAACACAUAGACACCAAAAAAAUGAAAUCUUAAGCACCAAUACUAUUCUCCUGUAUAUAAGUUAUAAUAUAUGAUGUGUGUGUUUGUCGUGUAUCAAUGUGAGCAGUGA